AUGAAUAUGUACUCUGCUGCGGGUAUUGUUGUAGACGCACACCUAGUGUUUGAUGAAAUACCCUGCAAAAACAUAGUUUGCUGGACCUCCUUGGUUUCUGCUUAUGUCGACGAUCAACAGCCUAACAAAGCUCUUCAGCUGUUCAGGCAGAUGCAGAUGCACAGUGUGGAACCUGAUCAAGUUACGUUGACAGUUGCUCUCUCCGCGUGCGCUGAUCUUGGAGCAUUGGAAAUGGGAGAAUGGAUUAAUGCUUAUGUCCGUCGUAAAUAUGAGUUCGAUACAGAUUUAAGCUUGAGCAAUGCUCUUGUUAACAUGUAUGCAAAAUGUGGGGAUAUUGGAACUGCAAGGAGAUUGUUCGAUAGCCUGCAAGAAAAGGAUGUUAUGACUUGGACAUCAAUGAUUGUGGGGCAUGCGUUACAUGGACAAGCAGAAGAAGCGCUUAAACUCUUCGGACAAAUGAAAGAAGCGAGUAAUAACACCAGGAAGAACAAGAAGGACGGUAGCUAUGGAAGCUCUUCAAUUGUCCCGAAUCACAUUACUUUCAUAGGAGUUUUGAUGGCCUGCAGCCACGCAGGGCUGGUAGAGGAAGGGAAGUGGCAUUUCAAAAGCAUGUGUCAAGAGUACGGUUUGAAGCCCAGAGAAGCUCACUUCGGCUGCAUGGUGGAUCUUCUCUGCCGAGCCGGGCUUCUGCAAGAAGCUUACGAUUUUAUUUCGAAGACAGAAGUGCCUUCAAAUGCAGUGGUUUGGAGGACCUUGCUGGGUGCAUGCAGCCUCCAUGGAGAUGCUGAACUCGGGUCACAAGUGAGGCAGAAGCUGCUUGAGUUGGGGCCAAGUUAUGUUGGCGAUGAUGUUGCUUUGUCCAACAUCUAUGCUGCCAAAGGCAUGUGGGAGAAGAAGGUGAUUGUUAGAGACCAAAUAAAGCAAAGAAGAUCUCCUGGUUGCAGUUCAAUUGAGGUGGGAAGGAGCAUUGCUGAAGCAAAGAAGAUCUCAAGCAGUUGA